AAUUAGCACCGGGGACGGGCGCGCGCGCAGGUCCCCGGCACAUCUGGGCGAGAGCCGAGCCUCUGGAAGCGAGCGGGGCGCCGAGCGCCUGUCUGGAGCGACCGAGCCACCGCGCAGCCGGAGCCCCCUUCAAGACGCUCGGGGCGCACAUCUGGGACCGCGAGAGGGGACCGCGCGGCGCGCAGCUGGACGCGGGGAGGGGGCGGCGGCGGCUGCACAGCUGGACCGAAGGGGGCGGGGUCGGUCCCGAGGAAGGGCUGAGGGGGAGGGCCGCGAGCCACCGGGGACCGGAGCAUGGGACAGCGCGCCUGAAGGAGCAGUCCGGGGAGGAGGGGGCCCUGGGACCCCGAAAGGAAAGGAGAGAGACACGGGUGAGAGCAGACGAGAAAGAUGCAACUGACCCGCUGCUGCUUCGUGUUCCUAGUGCAGGGCAGCCUCUAUCUGGUCAUCUGUGGCCAAGAGGAUGGCCCCCCUGGCUCAGAGGACCCUGAGCAUGAUGACCACGAGGGCCAGCCUCGGCCUAGAGUGCCUCGGAAGCGAGGUCACAUCUCACCUAAGUCCCGCCCCUUGGCCAACUCCACCCUCCUAGGGCUGCUGGCCCCACCUGGGGAGGCUUGGGGUGUCCUCGGGCAGCCCCCCAACCGCCCCAAGCAAAGCCCCCUACCCUCGACCAAGGUGAAAAAAAUAUUUGGAUGGGGUGAUUUCUAUUCCAACAUCAAGACAGUGGCCCUGAACCUGCUGGUCACAGGGAAGAUCGUGGACCACGGCAACGGGACCUUCAGCGUCCACUUCCGCCACAACGCCACGGGCCAGGGUAACAUCUCCAUCAGCCUUGUGCCCCCGAGCAAAGCCGUGGAGUUCCACCAAGAGCAGCAGAUCUUCAUCGAAGCCAAGGCCUCCAAGAUCUUCAACUGCCGGAUGGAGUGGGAGAAGGUAGAACGGGGCCGCAGGACCUCGCUCUGUACCCACGACCCUGCCAAGAUCUGCUCCCGAGAGCACGCGCAGAGCUCGGCCACCUGGAGCUGCUCUCAGCCCUUCAAGGUCGUGUGCGUCUACAUCGCCUUCUACAGCACGGACUACCGGCUGGUGCAGAAGGUGUGCCCAGAUUACAACUACCAUAGCGAUACCCCCUACUACCCAUCUGGGUGACCUGGAGAGGCCGCGGAGGUCUGCGCAGGAGGCUGGCUGUCUGGACGCUGCUGGGCAGGGAGAGGGAUGGGUCUCAGGAAGGGAGGGGGUGGAGAGCACGAGAGGCCAGGUGGGCCAGGGUCAGGCCUCCGGUGGUGUCGGGGAAGGGUCCCCAGGGCUGACCCCCACCUGAGGUUAGAACGUGUUUGUUAUGGAGGAGAAACAGGCCCUGGGCAGCCUUACGGGGCUUUCCCUCUGAUCCAAAGCGGAUGCUGGGUCCUGAGGCCCCUGAGCAGGCAGGCUGGGCGGCCCCAGAUCAAGCCACGGAGAAGACCUUUACCCUUGAGUCCCUCCUUGCCAUUCGAAAAGAGACCAGCAGUCCACAAAGGGGAGUCCAACUGUGUAGGCCCGGAUAGACGACUUAGGACGGAUGGCUCAGUGGCUUCCCUCACGGGGGCUGGCGGUGGGCAGCCCCGAGCCCCUUUCCUGCACAGAGGCUGAAGUGGCGACCUCAUCCCCACCCUCAGGUCUUUGCUGUCAUGACUACCUGUCGCUAGCAAGCCGAGGCCACCCCUCUCCAAAAGUCCCCUCCCCUUCCAACACUUCCGUACUUGUGUCACCCUGUUGCUGAUGGCGCACCAUCCUGUCCUUCAGCGGAAGCAGGACUGUUAGCAUGUCCUCUUAGCAUGAAGGACAAAGAGCAGAAGCCUGGCCUGUGUGCUGCUCGCCCUGCCCUGCCUCUGCCCCUACCCCCUGCUGAGAGUGUUCCCUCAAACAGCCAGCUCUCUGCGUCUGUCUGUCCGUCCGUGAGACUGGGGCAUUCUGGAAUAGGGACCAGGGCCUCCAAUGCCGGGCCUCGAGGCUAUCAGUAGAGGGGGGGAGCGCGCGCGCGCGGGAGGCUGGACUGUGUGGCCACGCUGGAACUGUGCCCUAGUGUUGUCUGUGGGGUGGGGGGAGGGGUGGGAAGUCUCGUGAAAUGCCCUGUCACUUCCGUGUGCAGAGUCUUGUCCUAGGAGCAGGGAAUAAAGC